UGUGAGAGUUUGUGGUUCAGGAUCAUGAUAUGAACAAAUGAUCUGAGCGCAGAAUGGACGAGGAAAGCUUGGAGGAACAAAGUGUGGAAGUCCUGGGAAUCCCAGCUGAUGUAGAUGAUGACCUCCUGUGUUUGUACUUUGAAAACGCCCGUCGGUCUGGAGGAGGAAGUGUUAUAUCUCUUGACAGGAAUGAUGACAGGGCCGUCGUGGUGUUUGAGGAGGCAGAAGUUGCUGCGAGGGUUCUCGCCAGAGACAAACAUAUCCUAAAUAGCGCUACAAUGACCGUGCGGAAGAAGACGCCAAGCGAUCAGAGACGGCUGUUGCUCCGUGGACUGAAUCCCAAAACCAGUCUGGAACUGGUGGAGCUCUAUGUGGAAAACAUAACUGGGAUUGAGUCGGAUGACUAUACCUUGUACCAGUCACCUGCUAGGGAUUUGGUUGUCAUCCACUUACACAAGCCUUUCACACCUGAUUUCAAGAAGCUGCGUGAAAAGAUUUCAAAGAGGCCACUGGACGGAGCCCGGAUUGUUUUGGAACGGCUGGAACGGACCGAUACGAUUUUGGUCGAGAACCUAGGACCCAAUGUGGCGGAGGACGUCCUCACGCUUUACUUUGAGGGCAGUCGUGGUGGAGAAGGGGAGGUGAUGGAGGUCAAAAUGAUGGCUGAGGGAACUGCUAAAGUAACCUUCAAGGAUUUUGACUCCGUGGAACGUGCUCUUCAAAAACCACACAAACUGGAUGGCAUAGAAUUGACAGUGAAGCCUUAUUUACCUAUUCUGCAGGCAGAGGGAAACAUGUCCCUUACCGUCAUGCAAAACGGAAACACAGAGACAGAAGCUAGCGGGAGUGACCAGCAGCAGAUGGAUACUAGUGAUCUCAUGCUUAUCGACCGGCCUGGAGCAGAACCCAUGGAUGUUAGCCCUGCUGACAUCAACAACCGUGUAACUCAAACGGCGUCAUCCCGGCCAGAACCCUCGACAGCUGUCUCCGCGGCAUCCGUCGCUAUGGCUACCGCGGGUGCAGGUGUUGGUGAGGAAGCUAUGGCGAAGCCCACUUCAAGUAGCGUAUCUGUACCUGACCCCGUUAAACUGGAUCUGUUGGGCCUCAGCAGUCUUCCUCAGGACCUUCAGAAGGCUCAUCCCAAAUGUGUCAUUACCAAAACACAGGACGGCGUUCACAUUGCUGGACCAGAUCCACUGGUUGUUGAGAAGAUCAGAUACAAAGUAUUGGAAUUUUUAGGUGGUAUCGCACAAGUCCAUUUUACUUUCGAGUCAGAAAAGGCCAAGUUUCUAGAAGGGAAACAGGUUAAAGACAAGCUCCUGUCCACCUUGAAAAAUCAGGGGAUCCCAUCCGCGUAUGCUGUGUCCGAUUGCGUUGUCGUGGUAACGUCGCUGUCAGUUAGCAUGGUUAACCAGGCCUGCGACUUUAUUAAGUCUCAGAUAAGUCAGUUCAACAUGCCCGUAAACAGAGAUAAUGAAGGUAUGCUUUACACGCGAGAAUGGUCUGACUUCCUCCAAUCUCUGGCGUUCUGCUCGGCCAGAGUAACGGAUGGAGGCCCCACCAUCACCGUGGUAACCCUGAAAGGGAUGGAAGAGGAGAUGAAAUCCAAAAUCACCCACUUCCUCACCACACCUGUUCAGAAGGAGACAGUUCUGUCCAUGGAACCAGGCAUGCUAAAAUACCUUCAGCUUCACCACCAGGAGCUACUAGCCGUCAUGGACCAGGUCAUCAUUUUUCCGCUGGAGUCUGGAGAUGGCCUGAGUAUCCAAGGGAACGUGAGUGCAUGCCAGAUGGCAGAGGAGGUUCUGAAUGCAACGAUAGGCGCAACCUGCACAAAGGCCCUCACCGUCAGCCAGCCUGGCAUCGCCCGUUUUCUCGUUGAGGAUGAGGGUACCAGUAUCCUCCAGGAGAUGACAACCAAGUUCCAGGUCUACAUCAACCUGGAGAAGGUUCACUGGGAGCCUCUAGAAGACAAGGAUGUCUUUGACCUUGCAUGGGAGAUGACUUCAUGUCAGAACUUUCAGAGGCAUGCCUCUGCUCAGGCCUUAACUGCAACAGAUCCCAAUGCUAAUAACCCUGGUGCCACUAACAGACAAACCACAGCUCAAAUAGAAGCGGCAAAGAAGCUUUUGUUUGCCAUUGAGAGUGACCCUCAACCCUUAACAGACAUGGAAGAAGACUUGUACACUGAUGAAAAUCAGAGCGCAGACAAUUCUGUCACGGAGGUUACGGACCCUUCCCAGGCUGGCAUGAAGGAGGACGAUUUAUAUCUCAGCCUGGAUGAAGAUGCCAGGCUUUCAUUGGCUAUCCAGCUGUCUAUGGAAUCCAGCCAAGGGUUAGAGUCAGAGUAUGAGCUGCAGAAGGUUCUAGAAAUGUCCAUGAACGCUGGGGCCACGCCCUCUGCGGCUGCCGCGGACUCCCAGCUUGAGAAGGCAGUCGAGGCAUCUCUUCAGGACGCCAUCAAAUCAGCGAACACAGCAGAGAUUUAUGUGUAUGCUGCCUACACCCAUGACCUCAUCAGGGUGGACAUUGCCCUUGGGAAGAAGGUGGGCUCCAGGCAGUGUGAAGAAAAAGUGGAGCACAAGAUCCUUAAAAACCUGUCCGCGCAUCAGAGACGGUGUUUGGAACUCAUCAAGAGGAAACACGCCGUGGAGAUACAAGUACAGGGUACCACGGCGACCGUGUCCGGGUUCAAGGACUACGUUGCGGGCGCAGUGCCCGAGCUGAAGAACCUUCUGAAGAGGACCGCGAACACGGUUUCAGAUGCAGACAUCCUGAAGACAGUGCAGUGGGUGUAUCAGGUGCCAGGGUCCACAGUGGUCACGCCGUACCCUCCCGAGGCCACUGUGUUCAUCGAAAACGCCUGGAAGAUGAGGCAGAAGAAGAUCGACAUUCUUUUCGACAAUCAGCCGCACAGCAUCGACUUUGGGAAGAUGCUGGAGCACAGCAUAGGGUCGGGAAAGUCUGUUCCUAUUGCGAGGAAAAUUCUGAACGCUGAGGAGUUGUGUAAUGAUGGAGCAGAUGAAGAGGAGUGCAGUCUUCUGUCAAACAUGCCCGAGGCAACACGAGUACUUGAGAGUUCUGAUGAAUUCCAGGAGGUUGUUAAAGAGUUCUAUGAUUCCAUUCAGGAACACCACAACAGAAUCAGAAUUGUGAAGGUGGAGAAACUUAUGAACAGGCUUUUGUACAACCAGUACAAACUGAAAAAGUCAAGCAUGAUGCAAAAUUCCACCACGUCAGAGGUAGAGCGUACUCUUUACCAUGGCACAAAUGAGACCAGCGUGAAGGAGAUUUGUAUUCACGGCUUCAACAGAAGCUUCUGUGGGAAAAACGCCACUGUGUAUGGGCAGGGGGUCUAUUUUGCCGUCAAUUCAGCCCUGUCUGUUUCAGACACAUACUCUCCUCCCAACGCUGACGGACACAAGUUUGUGUUUGUGGCUAGGGUCCUGACGGGAGAUUUCACUGUUGGAAAGCACGAGAUGAAAACAGCCCCGCUCAAAGACAGCAGCAACAUUCCCCUCAGAUAUGACAGCGUGGUGGAUAAAACCAGCUCACCCACAUUGUUUGUCAUUUUCAAUGACACACAGGCUUACCCUCAAUAUCUUAUCACAUGCCAGAAGAUUCACCGCUGAUGGGAACAAAACCCUAUUACUUACAUUUUUUUUAUCACGUGAUGUAUCUUACAUGUGCUUCACUCAAAAAAGCUGUGAUUGUUAAUUUGCCGUGACAAAUGCAACAUAAUAACUGACGCUUGUUCAGGCAAUGGUUUUGGUGUAUGAACAUGAUCAGUGUACUCUUACAGCUGGUCCACUGAAAGAUUUCCAUACCAGGUGUCACAAGGGAAAUAUCAUUUUCAGUUAUUUUGUUUUUCUUCUUUCUUUUUUGUUUUGAAAGAAAAUUCAGUGGGAAAGGACUGAAAAUAAGAUCGUAAUUAGGUGAAUUCUUGUACUGGAAAAAUGUUUUGCACACUACCAUGUAUUUACCUGAAAAUGAUAUCAUCUGUGCUUGUUUAGAUUUUUUAUUUUUAGCUUUGAAAAUCUAAAUAGAAUGUUUACAAAUCUUUCCUGACAGGCUGUAAUCACACAUCUUAUGGACUUUUUAAAUAAAGGUCGUAUUCUGUCUUUGGA